AUGGGUCUGCUCCUUAAUACCCUCGCGAUCUCGGCAUUGGCUGUGACGAGCUAUGCCUCUCCGCUCAUUCAUGCCCGAGCCUCCAACACAUCAUAUACCAACUCCAACGGCUUGAAGUUCAACCACUUCGAUGCAUCUUUGCCUAAUGUUACUUUACUAGCAACGGGCGGCACCAUUGCCGGGACAAGCGACGAUAAGACAGCCACAGCAGGCUACAAGUCUGGAGCUUUAGAAAUCAACCAGAUUCUUUCCAAAAUUCCCGAGGUCUACGACAUUGCCAACGUUAACGCCGUUCAAUUCGACAAUGUCAACAGCGGCGAUAUAUCCUCAUCCCUCCUCCUGAAUCUGACGCAGACGUUACAGAAGACCGUUUGCGAUGACCCCACAAUGUCCGGUGCCGUCAUCACCCACGGUACUGACACUUUGGAGGAAUCGGCAUUCUUCAUUGAUGCGACAGUCAACUGCGGCAAGCCGAUCGUUUUCGUCGGUUCGAUGCGCCCAUCCACUGCCAUUUCCGCCGAUGGCCCCAUGAACCUCCUCCAAGGUGUUACUGUGGCCGCAGACAAGCAGGCCAAGGAUCGCGGUGCACUUGUUGUUCUGAACGACCGCAUCGUUUCGGCUUUCUUUGCUACCAAAACAAAUGCCAAUACCAUGGAUACCUUCAAGGCUUACGAACAGGGUAGUCUCGGCAUGAUUGUUUCAAACACGCCAUACUUCUUCUACCCGGCCGUACAACCGAACGCAAAGCACGUCGCAGAUGUGGAUGACGUGGAUUCGAUUCCCCGGGUGGAUAUCCUGUACGCGUACGAGGAUAUGCACAGCGACUCGCUUCACAGUGCUAUCAAGAACGGUGCUAAGGGUAUUGUGAUUGCCGGUGAGGGCGCAGGAGGCAUCUCGACCGAGUUUGGUGAUGCCAUCGACGAUAUCGUGUCGCGGACUAACGUCCCCGUCAUCUUGAGUCAUCGCACUGUGAACGGCGAGGUUCCCACCGCUGAUAUCACGGGUGAUACUGCGAAGACUCGUAUUGCUAGUGGCCUACACAACCCCCAACAGGCGCGUGUUUUGCUUGGGCUGUUGCUAGCAGAAGGCAAAAGGUUCGACGAAAUUCGGACCGUAUUUGGGAAGGCUACCUUUGCUUAG